AAAGAUUAAAAAAAAAAAAAAGAAACUUCCUCUUUCUACUCCUAAAAUUGCGACUUCUCUUACUUCCAGCUUUUUCAAACCCAUUGUUCACAAUUCGACUCUUCACAACCCAAAAACAGUAACAUAUCCCCAACUUCCCUCUCCUUACCAACUUUUCUUUUAUAAACUUUUUCUUCUUCGUUUUUCUCUGACUCUUCAGCUGCCCCGAACUUUGUCUGCAAAUCUUUAAUGCAUAUAGUUUUCAUAAAGGUGGAGGCACUUUGACUGAUCAUAUCGAUCAAGAGUGAAACUGGUAUUUCUUGGAAGUUCGAACAAUGGUUCUUGGGCUAAGAAGUAAGAACAGAAAAGGCAGCUCAUUUCAGGUUGAUUACAUUGUAUAUGUAAAGGAGAUUAGUCCUUGGACCCCAUCGCAGUCUCUGCGAUCAGUUCAAUCUGUUUUGCUUCAAUGGGAAAAUGGUGAUCAGAGUUUUGGGUCCUUAACUUCUAGCAUUGGGAGUGGAAAAAUUGAGUUCAGUGAGUCUUUCAGGCUUCCAGUAACUCUAUGUCGGGAAGCAUCCCGUAAGAGCACCAACCGUGAUAGUUUCCAGAAGAACUGUUUAGAGUUUUAUUUGUUUGAGCCUCGGAAGGACAAGGUGGCUAAAGGCCAACUUUUAGGAUCUGCUGUUGUAAACCUCGCAGAUUAUGGGAUUAUCAAUGAAACUAUAACCAUUAGCAUUCCAAUUAGCUUAAAAAAGAGUUCAAGGAACACACAACAGUCAGUUCUUUAUCUUAACAUCCAGCCAUUUGAUAGCUCCAGCUCAUCAACAAAAGGCAGCUUGUCAAAAGAUGUGUCACUAGACAAGGAUGGAAGUGAAUCUGUUUCUGAAUCGAUAAAUGAAGGAAAUGAUGAGGAACCCGAGAUUGCCUCUUUUACUGAUGAUGAUGAUCUUUCCUUACAUUCAUCCCAGACUAUUUCUUCUGCCAUUUCUGAUCCUUCUAGAGAGUUACAUAGUCAACAUGAAAAGAAUGAAUCAGAAUCAGCAAAAGGUGGAAUAGGAAGGCUUGGGCUCACUCUUCCUUCGGGUGGAACACCAGCAAACUCAGGGGUAAGACUAGUGGCUGAAGCAUUCAAGCAAGUAAAUGAGAAUAUAUCUCCUUCAUCUUCAAUGGACUUGUCCUCAAGCGCAGGGAAUCUAGUAAAUGAUCCCAUGGGUAAAGUUGCAUCCUCAGAGGUGUGUGUUACCAUUCCAGUAGAUACAAACUUAGACCAUGUAAAAGACAAAGACUCCCAUACCAACAGAGAGGGUGAUAGAAAAGCAUGGAAGCAUGAUAAAAGCCAUGUAGACAGAUCUUUAAGUAGCAAUUCACAUGUUGGUCAUUGGAAGGAAAAUGAGGAAAAGACACCAUUGGAGAAUGAACUGGAUAGCCAGAUUUUGGAUUCCAAGAAAUAUUCUUUGGAGGACAGGUUAGGUUUUAGACCACCUCAAGAUUCUGUGAGAAAGCAAAUCAAAAUGAGGAGUAAAACUUUUGCAUCCAGCUGGGCAACAACUGAAGUGCAAGGUGGUUACACUGCAAAUGAUACACAAAAGCAUGUGACACCUGCUCAGUUACAUUUUGACAAAGCUAAGAGUAAUGGACUGUCAAACAAGAUUCAGUUUGUGGAGAAGGCAAGCGAAAAUGAUAUUCUUGAGAAGAUUCCUAAUGGUGCCACAAGUGAUGCACUUGAUGAAAGGGAAGAAACUAGCAAAGUUGACUCAGCUAAGAGUUAUGGGCUGCUAAACAAGUCUCAGUUCAUGGAGGUGGCUAAGGAAAAUGAUAUUCCUGAGAAGAUUCAUAAUAGUACUACAAUUGAUACAAAGAAUGAAAGUGAAGAAAAUGCAAACAGCUUUUCCAAUGGCAAAGUUGAAUUGGAGUCCAAAAUUGAAAUGCUUGAAGAAGAAUUGAGAGAAGCUGCUGUUGUUGAGGCUAGUCUUUAUUCCAUUGUUGCAGAGCAUGGGAGUUCUACAAACAAGGUUCAUGCUCCAGCUAGACGACUUUCUAGAUUCUAUCUUCAUGCUUGUAAAGCAAGUACCCAGGAUAAGAGGGCAAGUGCAGCGAGGGCUGCUGUUUCAGGAUUGAUUUUGGUCUCUAAAGCAUGUGGGAAUGAUGUUCCGAGGUUAACCUUCUGGUUGUCAAAUUCAAUUGUAUUGAGAGCCAUUCUUAGCCACGCUAUUGAGGAAAUGCAGCUAUUUUCUGGACUGCGCUUAAAUCGUAGUAGGGGUGGAAAGGUCUUGGAGGAUGCCUCGUCUCUGGAUAAAGAGGAAUGCAAUUUAAUGGAAAGUUCUGAUGACUGGGUGGACCCUCGAACAUUUUUACUUGCAUUGGAAAAGUUUGAAGCUUGGAUCUUCUCCAGAAUAAUCGAGUCUGUCUGGUGGCAGACUUUGACUCCACAUAUGCAGUCUGCUGCUGCAAAGAGCUCGCACUCAAGGAAAACCUCGACCAGGAGAUAUGGAUUAGGUGAUCAAGAGCAGGGGAAUUUUUCAGUUGAGCUUUGGAAGAAGGCUUUCAAAGAUGCCUGUGAGAGGCUUUGUCCCAUUCGAGCAUGUGGGCAUGAGUGUGGCUGCUUAGCUGUGCUGGCUAAAUUGGUCAUGGAGCAAUUGGUGGGUAGAUUAGAUGUUGCAAUGUUUAAUGCUAUUCUUCGUGAAUCAGAUGAAGAAAUGCCAACAGAUCCUGUUUCUGACCCCAUAAGUGAUCCAAAGGUUCUUCCUAUUCCUGCUGGCAAAUCAAGCUUUGGGGCAGGUGUACACCUAAAAAAUGCUGUUGGAAACUGGUCAAGAUGGCUAACAGAUCUAUUUGGUAUUGAUGAUAAUGAUGGUCCUGAAGAUAACAAGGAAGUUGGUGACGACAAAAAUGCUGGAUGUGAGGCAUCCUUCAAGGCUUUCUGUCUCCUAAAUGCAUUGAGUGAUCUCAUGAUGCUUCCAUCUGAGAUGCUAGCAGAUAGGUCCAUGAGGAAAGAGGUUUGCCCCAAGUUCAGUGCACCGCUAAUCAGCAGGGUUCUUAACAAUUUUGUAUCUGAUGAGUUCAACCCUAACCCAGUUCCAGAGGCAGUUUUUGAAGCAUUGGAUGAGGACCUUUCUGAGGCUGGGGAAGAGUCUAUCAGAAACUUUCCAUGCAUGGCUACUCCUACAGUCUAUUCACCACCCUCCACAGCUUCACUAACAGGCAUCAUAGGAGAGGUCGGAAGUGAAGCCUUGCAAAGGAGUAGGUCAUCAGUGCUUAGAAAAUCAUACACCAGUGACGAUGAGCUUGAUGAAUUGGAUUCACCCAUCACCUCAAUCGUUAUCGAGAACCCCAGGGAUUCUCCCACUUCAAAAGCACCCAACUGGAUGCGAAUGGGAAAGGGUGGCCGGAGUGUUGUGAGAUACCAACUUCUCCGAGAGAUAUGGAAGGAUGGUUAACAGCCCCCCUUCUUCGCUGAACAUGUUUUUGUAUAUAUGCACGUGAUUAUAGGCUGGCGUGUUAAAGUCGGUGAGUUUUGUUGGAGUUGAGCAGCAGUUGUUAUUUCCUUGAAUAUCAUCGUACAUAUACUAGAAACUACAGAGUCGAAUUGUCUAUGGCAUCUGGCUGCUAAUAAAAUUGAGAUAAUGCAAAAGAGAAGGUGUUUUAAAUUUUCUUCA